CACUUUUCCACAGCUCCAACACUUUUCCUCAAUUUUCGGCAAAUUUUCAUAUUCAGUUUUUCUUGGCUACUCAGUGGCGACGGUACGGCAACGGCGAAAAUCUUGUAAACAUAAGCGAGUGCGGGUAAACGGUAUACGCGACCAACUGUGGCCCGGUGCGCGACUAAUAGACACUAACAACAAUAACAACAACAACAACAACAAAAAUAAUAAUAACAAUAUUAAACACCGAACAAAAACAGCAAUAUUGCCGACGACGAACCGCUAUCAUAGAAUAACAGCAACAACAUACAGUACGUUACACACGAAACGAACGACAUACACACAUACACACAGAUAUUUACCUUAUACAUGUACGAAUACAGCAGCGCGCGCACACAGCCAUACGCCGUGUUUUAUAUAUAGAAAAUUUACGCACAGCUGAAAAAUUUCGUUUUUAGUGAAACGGUGAAUUUCGGUGCGGUUUUUCAUAUGUAUCGUAUCGAGGCGAAAUUUUCAUUGUGAAUUUCGCUGUUGGAAAAUCUCUAAAGCGCUUACAAUUCUUAUAAUUGUGCAAUAGCCGUCGAAAAGCCGCAAAGUCGCAAAAGUGGCAAAGUGAUUUCUAUAUAGAAAGCAAAUAUCUAUUGCAUACAUAUAUGCACAUACCGAGAUGUGGCAAAGUGCGUUGUGUUGAAAAAUCUGGGUAUGUCAAAGUUUAAAUGUAGCUGCUGUGUCUGUCCCUGCUCCUGCUCCUGCUCUCGCUGUUGUUGCUGCCACAACGCUUGUUGUUGCUACUGCUGCUGUAAUCCAUCGUCGUUCGUCUCGUCAACACUUCAUUUUUCGGGACUCCACCCAGUUUCGUGGUCAACGAAAUCAUAUACAAAAUAGGAAAAUCAAGCAGACACUGGCGAAGAAGAGGAAGAAGAGCAGCAUAGAACAGAAUCAGAAUCAGCAUCAGGAGAACUUAAGAAAGCAUAAGCAAACACAUUGCGUCUGGCUAAAAGGGCUAAUGAGGCCAUAACUACACAUACAUAUAUAUAUAUGCAUACCUACAUAUGUGCGCAUAUAUGUACAGUUCGCUAUAAGCCAAAACAUCGCUGCGUCGUUCGUGUUUUAGUGCGCGUGUGAGUGUGUAUGCGUUAAGCAGUUAAUGAGCUUAGUGUUGAAUAAAAUCUUAAAGAAGCCAGUAAAUAUUUGCUACGAUCAAACUCCUUCGUUUUCGCUCUAAAAAAAAGUGUACUUACAUACAUACAUACAAAAAAAAAUAAAUAUAUAUAUAUAUAUAAAUACAUAUAUACGGCGUACAUAAGUGUAGCAUAUACUAAAUAUAUAAAUAAAUAGUGUCGUGUCGUUUGAACUUGUGUAGCCGCGCCGUUCGCGACGCCCCGCAGCGCUCGCAAUAGCAGGGAAAAUGCUAGAAAAAUGCCCAAGAUGCUUACAUGCGACAAGUUGAUGACACAUUUUACUGUCAUUGUGACCGCAUUCCUACUACUCCAUUGCAUUGGUUUUUCACCGUUUACGCCGCAAACGUUGCGCGCCGUUGAGGCCACUCCCGAGGAUGAAGCCGUUGGCAAAUGGGCAAUGCAGUUUGGCGAUGAAUUGUGGGAAUUAGCGCAACGUAUGACCAAAUCUCAAGAGAUUAAAGCCAAAUACAAAGAAUACAAUGCACGCGUCGAAUUGAAAAAUGGCACCGAACUCAUUAAAUCCAUCACAGCGAAUGUUGGACGGAUGUUUUCGCGCAAAAUGGAUGCGGUACGUUGCAUACAACAAAAAGCCGAGGCAGUCAAUGAAGAAUUCGUGUUUAAUUACACAUAUGCCGUGGAUAAUUACCAAUAUUAUUCAAGUAAAUUUUCAAUAUUCGAUGACAAGCGCGCUGAGGACCUGCUGGAUAGUAUGAUGGAAUACGAGGAUAGGUAUCUAAAUUUUACGCUAAACCCGGAUACGCACUUUUAUAAUAUAUCUGUUGAUACAGAACAUAGUUCCGUCCAUGUACCAUCUAAUAUAUUUGAUGGCGGUAGAGAAGUGUUAAAGACUAUUAUGUGGUCUGAAACGCUGGAUGAUGUUUUCAAACAAAACUACAAAUCAGAUCCCGCGCUGUCGUGGCAAUAUUUCGGCUCUGACACUGGCAUACUACGCCACUACCCCGGCCUACAAUGGCAACGGCGCGGUAAUCCGGAUAAUGCCGACACCUAUGAUUGCCGCAAACGUUCGUGGUAUAUAGAGACUGCCACCUGCUCCAAGGAUAUUGUUAUACUAUUGGACAAUUCGGGUUCGAUGACCGGUUUCCGCAAUCAUGUUGCCAAAUUUACAAUACGCAGUAUUUUGGAUUCUUUCUCGAAUAAUGAUUUUUUUACGGUUUUUAAUUACUCCGCGGAGGUCCACGAUAUAAUACCAUGCUUUAAGGACGCCCUUGUGCAGGCAACACCUGAGAAUAUCAAUGUGUUUAAUGAUGCCAUUGAGGAGAUAAAACCUGAGGGCUAUGCGAAUCUCUCUUUGGCAUAUGAGAAAGCAUUUCAGCUAUUGAAAAAAUACUAUGUCGAACGCCGUUGCAAUGAGACGUCCACCUGCAAUCAAGCUAUAAUGGUUGUCACCGAUGGCGUUGCUGGCAAUACCACCGAAAUUUUCGAAAAAUAUAAUUGGGGCAAUGGCGAGAACGGCACAAUGAAUAUGAAUAUACGCAUAUUUACCUAUCUGCUGGGGAAAGAAGUGACCAAAGUGCGUGAGAUACAAUGGAUGGCCUGCUUGAAUCGUGGCUACUAUUCGCAUGUACAGACAUUGGACGAGGUGCAUGAGGAGGUUUUGAAGUAUGUAGAUGUGAUAGCCACACCGUUGGUGCUGCAAAAUGAGGAACACCCGCCAACAUGGACGCAUUCGUUUACGGAUCGAACGUAUGAACCGCGCCCUAAUGAUACUGGCACACGGCUUAUGAUAGCUGUGGGCGUUCCAGCCUUUGAUCGUUCCUACCGCAAUGAGAACUCUACGAAGCGAGCACGUCUGCUCGGUGUAGCUGGCACAGAUGUGCCGGUGGAGGAUAUCGAUAAACUAACGCUGCCUUAUAAGCUUGGUGUAAACGGCUACUCAUAUGUGGUUUCCAAUAACGGUUACAUGCUGCUGCAUCCAGAUUUACGUCCGAUUUCGAAAUCUGGUAUGCUUAAUCCCAAUUACAACAGUAUAGAUUUCACAGAAGUGGAGCACCUUUAUGAGGAUUUGGAACCACGCCAACCGGGUGAGUCCAUACUACAGCUGCGUAGCGCCAUGGUUCAAUAUCAAUCAGGUGAAUUCAAGGAUAUAAGCGUAAAGUUUCACUAUGACAAUAUGCGUCGAGUAUCCGAGGAGAAACAAGAUUAUUUUUUUGCGCCGCUACCGAACACACCCUUUUCGUUAGGCAUUGUUUUGCCAAGUGAAUAUGGUAAGACCUGGAUUAAGGUGGGCGAAGAGGUGAUGAAGAACAAGCAUAUGAAAGUGAAUAUAUCGGACUAUUUUGUCGGUGACAACUGGAAAGUGCAUCCCGCUUGGGUUUAUUGCAAAUACCACUACCUGGAAGGGCAUGAAUUCAAAACGCCUGAAGCUGAGUUGCGUCAUUUUCUUGCAAAGAUGUUUCAAAACGACUGGAAAUGGUCCGAACAGUAUGAAGAAGACGAUUCAGACCGUGAUGAUACGGACGAAAUAAAUUGCGGCCGCAUAACGCUCGACGAAGAUGCCUACUAUUGCAACAAGGAGCUUGUGCAACUACUCAUCUUCGAUGCCAAAGUUACAAACUCCAGUUACGGUGAGUGGAAAUUCGCAAACGCUGACGAACGUAGCCUAAUAGAAGGCUUUGGCGGUACGUUGCGUUUUGCGGCCACCAUGAGCGGCUUGACACGUUGGCAAUUCAUUUACGGUGAGGUUGAAGUGGACAAUGAUCGUGAAUUUGGCGACUAUCAUACGACAGCGAUCGACGAGACUUGGUAUAAGAGCGCUAUAUUGCAACAUCAUCAAGAGCGCACCGAAAGCUUCGUUUACAUGGUUAAACAUGCCAGUGAUCCAAUGGAGGAUAACGAAUUGAUGGUUACCGCUUCGCAUGCGAUAUUUCCACGCGAUGGCGGUAGAGAGGCACCUGCAUGUGUUGUCGGCUUUCAAUUUUCACAUGCACGUAUGAUGGACCGAUUCUUCAAUAUCACUUCGAUAGAUAAUUGCAAUGGUUGCAUAAAGACCUGUACGAGCGACGAGAUAGAUUGCUACGUCAUAGACAAUAAUGCAUACAUUGUGAUAGCACAAAAUGUCAAUCAUACUGGAAAAUUCUUUGGCGACCAUCAAGGUGACGUUAUGGCGGCAAUGGUGGAGAAGAGCUUCUUCCAAGCUAUCAAUGUUUACGACUAUCAAGCGCUGUGUCGUGAGGAAGUCGACGAUUCCAGCGACGCGCAAGCUCUACUGCACCCAAUCAGAUUGUUGAGCAUAGGCUGGCGUUGGUUGAUCGCGCAGCUCUUCUGGCAAUAUGCGCGCAUCAAAUGGUGGGCGGACGGCGCGCCAUUCUUGGAAUAUUCGGACGAGAUCGACGACGACUACGAAGCUGCGCCGGAUGCUUUUCCACGUCAACCGCAAAAAGACAAAGACAUGAGCGACGAUGGCAAAUUAUUAUUUGAGAAGAAGAAACCCGAUCCGGUUUAUAAUCCUUGCGAUACACGUUCAACACUUUAUGUCUUACAACCGAAUUCGCUCGAAGAUGUAAGCGACUAUAUAAAAGUGCCAUAUUCACGACCGUUUUAUUUAAAGAAAAUACCGAAUACCAAUCUUUUGUUGGUGGUGGUAAAUGUUUUGAUGCCAUCGAAAGGUAUGCGUUUGAGCACGGAACCUGAACGUUUAGAAUAUGAUAUAGAAUUUCCAUGUCAUAAAUUAAAUAUGAGCUUCUACGAGCGACGGCGUCUGGAAGAAUGUUUCACCCAGCACCCAGAGGAGGAAAAAUAUACAUAUUGCGGCGAUGCGACAGCGCUGCAAUUGGACAUUGUAAAUUUAUUGAUAACGGUAUUUAUAUUUUUAUUAACGCGCUAUUUACGCACUUAAAUGUUUGUAAACAUUUAUUUAUUUUUUUACACUAUCGAACGAAAGUAUGUAACUAAAUACAAAUUUUUUAUGAAAAAAAAACCAACAACAAUGUCAACAGUAAAAAUAUAAGAUAAAAUUUGCAUUGUCACAGAUAAUUUAGCACAAUCCUCUUUACUGCAUUGACUAUAAAUGCUCCUAGCGUUCUCUCUUAUGUGAAAUACCAUGUAGACUUAAACGGAAACGCCAAAGAAAACAAAGACAUUACUAAAGAAAAUAAUGGUUAGAAAAUUACAAACAAAAUGACUAGCAAAACUAGCGGAACUGUUUAAUUUUUUUUUUACUGUAUACACUUGUCUUGUACUUAUGUAUUGUAUGUAUGUAUGACUGUAGGACUAAAUACUUGAAACCGAAGUUAACUUUUCAUCUUCUGCUUUCCGACGAUAAUCAAGUUUUUAACUGACGAAAAAACAACAACAAAAGAAAAUUUAAAAAAUUUAAAGAACAACAAAAACAAUUUUAGGAUAUCUUUUGGAACAACAAAACACACAAUUGUGCAGAGAAACUCACACUUUCACAUACUCACACACACACACGCACACGUGAAAUGUAUACAUGUAACAUAAUGCAAAUCACAUAUGGAAUUGUUGCAUGUUACGUGCAUUGCAACAGCAACAACAAGAACAAAACACACAUUUUGUUUGAGACAAUGAGAAAAACGUAUUUGCCAAAACCAAAAAUUAUUAUAAAUUAUAGCAAAAAAAUAAAAAAAAACUAUAAACUAAUGAAAUUAUAUAAACAAAUCUACUUGGUUAAAUUUUGAUAGAAUUUUAUAACCGUUAUGUACGUACCCCCUAGUCGAAUUCGUUGAUUAAUGAGGCUUAGCCUUCAAGUUAACAGCUAAAAUCAAAACAAAAACAAAAAUGUUAAAUUAAUUAGUUAAAUGGUGGUAAAUGAAUGGAGGCGACUAAGGAUAGUUUAGAGAGCUAUAAUAUUUAUUACUUUGUUACUGUUUAUUUAUAGCGUAAAUACUUGCCUACAUAUGUAUUUGUAUACAUAUAUGUAUGUAUGCAUAUGCGACUAUAUUUGUAUAACUUUAUAUUAUGUUAAUGUACACUACCUUAUGUACUACUUAUAUAUGGUAUUUGUAUGUAUAUUUGAAAUGUAAACAAAAGCAAAUGUUUUUUAAUUUAUAUGUAUGUAUAUAUGUAUGAGUAUGUAAAACGAAACAUGUGUCUAGUACCACCAAACAACCAAACCGAGACCUGCCUAUUUUGCAUCCAUUAUAAUUUUAAACAUAAAAGAGCAUUGAGACGCACAUUAGCUCGCAUUUGUUAGCAGGAAAAACGGUGAGAAUUGCAAAUUUGUGGUUAUGUGAUGACUAGGAAUUUGUAUAUAUUUGCUAAGAAAGCCAUAAGUAAAUAUUUGGCGGAAAAUACUUGGAAUUUGUUAAGCCUUCUGCGCACCCACCCACAGAUAUUACUCAGCGACAGGGUUACGAAUUUUUUAAAUAAAAAAAUUUGAAUUAAAAAUUGGAUUUUCAAGUUUUUAGUUUUUAUUACAUAUUGUUUGCGAUUAAAAAUUGAAAAUUUAAUCGCAAAUUAAAAAUUGAAAAUUUUAAUAUCACAGUAUCGUAAUUUAAAAUUGAUAAACUAUAAAUCGUUUGAAUGUAUAAAUUUGCCGACCACUGUUCUAUGGUAUUGAAGAUUGUUUUAGAGUAUGAAUGCGAGCUCUAGUUCAAAAUGUUAGAACACAAAGCACGCAAAAUCGAAUAGAUGGGAAUUUAAAAACAUUUUUUUUUUUUUCUAACUUACUUAGAUUAAAAAUUUUUUUUUCAAUCCGGUAUUUGAGAAUAAAUUUUUUAUAUUUCAAUCCGGUAAUUGAAAUUAGAAAUAAAAAAAUUAUUUUUAAUUCAGCUUUUCACGGCUAAAAAUUAAAAAACAAAUUUAAUUUAAAUGUUAGUUCAAUUAUUUGUCCAGUGCAAUAUUUGCAACCCUGCUCAGCAAACAAAUUUCAAGUCUACGAAUUUAACAAACUGCAAUUCUGUCGCUAUUUGUGGACUUCCAGCGAAUGAUCUCAACAGCAAUUGACUAAAAAAUAAAACUAAAAUUUAAAGAAUUUCACUAGGAGGGGUCUAGGGUUUCAAUAAAAGAUCAACAGCCAACACUCAAUUCAACUUUUCAGCUUCGACAAUCGAGCAAUUAUGCGACAUCUCUAUGACCAGAUUAAGUUUGAGUAUUUGAAGAUAGUUUGUGGAUCUCCAAAAUUCUUGUUCACACUUUUAGUUUAUGGUAGCAGUUUCUAUGUAUAUACUUGUAAAAUAGAAAAGAGUUGAGUUUUCCUAGAAUACAACAAAACUUUUCUUUAGAGGAAAGAAAGAGGACUUUCUUAUUUGCACAGCAAUAUGACGGCAAGAAAUUAUACAACGACGAACAAUACUUCCGUAACUGCUCUACUUCCGAAAAAGCAGAAGAACCCUUUCAGCAAUAGCUUCCACGAAAGAACGAACUGAUUUGUUAGUCUUAGCCCUUCUUCCAAAAUGCUCUACUUCAGGAGGAGUAUGAGGGAUAUUCUAAGAAUGAACGAUCUGACUCAUGAGUCUUGUCGCUAAUAAGGACGAAGAUAGGCGAAGAUCUGGCCCAAGUUUGUAAGAGCUUAUUCUUCUAUGAUAUCACAAUUGUUGUCGUCACAAUUCUGGCGCUUUAUUUCGAUUCGCUUACAUGGCUAAAAGCGAUCCAAGAUUUCAACAUUGACAAAAGAGAUACGGCCCUAACAUUGGACUCCUAACAGAUCCAAAAUUUAUCUCUUGCUUUGAAAGUCGCUGUUAGAUUUCACGAAUAACAAUAUACGUCUAAAACUCAAGGAAACUAAUUUUUUACACUAAUUUCUGGAAGACUUCAGCAAAUUUGAAAGACGUAUUAACAAAUUUCAGCAUCAGGUACGACAAAGACAAAGACCUUCGUGAAUACGAUACCAUUUCUGAAUAAAAGAGCUUUUCGAAUACUUAGACGUCCAUAGCCGAUAUCUAGUGAUUUGAAAAGUUAAUUCCAUCAGCAAGAAGACGCCAUAGUCGAGCUUGCUAUAUAACUAGCAAACACAAAUAGUCUCACAUUGCCAAUUGCAAUUCUCGACCAAGUGAAGCACAAAUUAUUUGAAAAGCUAACAACAUUAUAGCUAUUCUUCCGUUUACAUUAUUUACAUAUUUAAAGUAAAUAUCUCAAAAUAUAUAAAAAUAUAUAAACAAAAACAAGGUUUACAUUAUUGACAUUAAGUUGUCAAAAAUACGAAAAAGUUUAUUUUAAUGAAUUUUAAAAAGAAUUUUUUGUAAAUUUUAUGAAACUAACAAACACUAGUUUCAUAAACAGCCACACAAAAAUAUACUUAUGUAAGAUAAUUCAAAUGCAAACACAAAAGAACAACCUUAACGCAAAGCGUUGAAGGUUUUAAUUCUCGCAGCAACAUUGUCGUCCUACAAAACUAAAUUAAAUUAAAAAAAUGUAAAAAAAUUAACAAAAACAAAAAAUAUAUAUAUAUAACAUUAAAUGAAAUGAGAGAAAAUUAUGAUGAAUUAAUUCAACAGAUUGCCUUUAAAUUUAAAAGUAAAUUUUUAAAAUCGUAAAUUAUAUUUAUAUGAAUUUCUUACGAUCAUUAAGCGUAGUAAAAUGAGAAAGAAAUAUUUAUUUAAAAAUGAAAACUAAGUAAAUAUAUAGUUAUGUAUAUGAGAGAGAGAUAAUUAAUAAAUAAAUUUUUUGAAUAUUAAAAUGAAGAUCAAAAAAUUAUUUGACCAACACUGUUAACUAAUUAGUAAAAUGCAAGUGGGAAUAGUUGGUAUAAAAAAUAUUAUGUAAAAAAAAUCAAUUUUAAUUUUAACCAAACUCAUCAAUGUACACUAAAUAUGUAAAAUUAUAUUGAGUUUUAUUUAAAAUUUAUUUUUAAUAAUUUCUAAGCAUAAUAAAAGAACACAGAAAACUCCUGUCAACUGCGACAGCAUAAACCGA